AACACAAUCCAAGAGCUAUUACUUAGAAGUGCAUUAUAUCACCAUGGCCGCAAUAUCGCCAAAGAAAACGGCCAUGAAAUUGCGCAGUGUACCCAAACUGUUUCGAAGUUCGCUUAAAUUUGCAGAAAAUAAUACGGUAAAUAUCGCAGAGCGGGACUAUGGCCUAAUGCGGGUAACGGCCGCAUCUGGUACUCCACAUCCCCGGGUAAUUACCGGUGUUAAUAUGGACACUCUAAAGGAGCGACUUGAGGAGGAACAGGAGAAAAACUUACAAGCAAAACAAAUAGAGUCGGAAAUGGAAAUUGAUUCUGGAAUUCACUUCAAAUCAGAUACAAGUCGGAGAUCGCAUAAAAAAAUGCGUUUAGUUGAAACUCCACAUCCUGCUAAAAUUACCAAUUUGGAUCCAAAGGUACUCCUCACUCCACGUCUCAUGAGAGGUUUUAAGGCUAACGACCCCUCACCUUGGGCAGCAAGAACCCACUUCUCAAAUCUUACGGUAGUGCCUUCAAUAUCUUCGUACCCUAGUAAAUUCGGCUCGGUCCGGUCCUCAACAUAUACAAAGAAAAUUCCGACAAUCAAGAAAACCAAAGAAACUCGUAAAGAGACUGGGACAAAAGUUGCAAAAAAAAAAGUCACUCUAAUUCCACCUAAAAUUAUAGUUACUAAUUCCGCUUCAUCGUCUUCAUCCUCCGAUAGUUGUAAUCAUUUAGAGCUUUUGAGUUUCAACGAACGUCGGCGUAUUUUCCACGAGGGAGAAUUUACCAUCGCCAAAAAUGGAAGGAAAAUGAGCGACAAUAUGAUGCCAAUUACAUCGAAAGCUGUUUACAUUGGGGAUCCUAACGAUAAAGAGGCUGAGCGAGCUCAGGCAGAAAUUGAUUUGUAUAUAAAGAGUCAAGGCUUUAUAAUGGCCCCAACUGGUACACUGACAAAUCUGCGACGCUUCUCCUCACAAUUAAGCAAGCGCAGUCUUCCCUCGAAAAGGGCUUCAGCCCAAAGUGUGGAGCCUACAGAAGCAUUAAAUAAAAAGAGGAAAUCUGGUUCCACUGCCAAGGCACCAGUGUAGGAGGUAUUCGAUGCAUAAUAGCGGGCAUUCGAUAAAUAGCGAACAUGUAUUCAAAAUUACUUGAAUACCUUAUCACUAUUUUUUGUAUGCAAGCUCAUUGUCACAGUGAUGCCUCUGCUUCUCGACAUAUUUGCAAUUUAUAUAAAUUUCAGUCGGCGUAUUUUCAAGCUACUAAUCGAUUGGCGAAUUAUUACUUUAACUGAAGCAAAUAAAAAUAAUAAAAAUAAAUAUGAUUAAAGGCCUAGUAAACUGAAAUUUACCUGGUCUAAGGAA